CUUCAAUAUGUAUUUCGAGUAAUAUUUAUAUUAAAAUGGGAUUUUCAUAAAAUCGUGAUUUAGCAGUAAAAUUGUCAAUAAAAUCGUUUGAAAUCUCGAUUUUACUUCCACAAAAAUUGAAGAAAAUGCUUCCAAAAUCCCGACAUAAAAUUUGAUCUCUGAUCUUCUUUACUUGCUGGCCUUGCUCACUGCUCAAGCAAAGAACGAUAAAAUCUGUUGGAAAAAGGGAGUAGAUGAGGAGAAAGAGAGCCUGAAUGGAGGAGAAAUGGUAGAAAUGAGGGAAAAUUACAAUAGAGAAACCAAGGAAGCCGAAGGAUUGCUCACGUCUUUGCUUACCACUCAAGCAAAGAAGUUGCUAGCCCUGCUCAUUGCUCAAGCAAAGAAAGAUAAUCUAUUGGAAAAAAAGAGAGUAGAUGAGGAGAAAGUUCGCAAGGAACCCAAGCGUGCUAGGUUCGCGUCUGGUGUUGGGUUCACGUCUGGUGCUGGGUUCGCGUCUGGUGCUGGGUUCGCGUCUGGUGCUGGGUUUGUGUCUGGUGCUGGGUUCGCUGGGUUCGUGUCUGGUGCUGGGUUUGCUGGGUUCACUUUUGGUGCUGGGUUCACUUUUGGUGCUGGGUUUGCUGGGUUCGCGUCUGGUGCUGGGCUCGCGUCUGGGUUCGCACCGAACCUAGCAUGCCUGGGUUUGGUGGAACCCAGCACGCUUGGGUUCGGUUCCUUGCGAACCCAGGCGUUGGGUUCGCAAGGAACCCAAGCGUGCUGGGUUCGCGUUUGGGUUCUUACAAACCUAGCAUGCUUGGGUUCCUUGUGAACCCAGGUGCAAAAAAUUUUUUAGAAAAAAUUUAUGUUUUUGUUUUUUGGAUUUUGUUGUUUGAUUGUGAUGAAAAAAUUGAUUGAUGAAGA